AUGAUAUUUGAAGAUAUAACAGACACCGAUCACAAACUACGACGGACCAGGCGCAACACAACCCAACUAAUAUCCAAAUAUGUAGAAAUAAAAAGAUUUCAAAAUAUUUAUGAUACUUCAUCAUCCUUGCAGAAAAGAAAACUUCGACAUCCUGAGGUAAAGAGAUUUGUUUUGCGAUUGAUUCAUAAACACAUCCAUCGAAGGAUGAAACCGGAGGAGACAUUUGAGGUGUGGCACAAGUCUGUCACUUAUGAGGAGAGGAAAUCAAAACAAAAUGCGAAGAAGAAAUCAAAGGCUACAAAGAAGCAGCGAUACGAGGAUCAGCAAUUUGAAAAUGAUCGAUUAAACCUGGAAGUUUAUGAAUUUCUAGACACAGAAGUUCCUGAUAAUUUAAACGACAACGAUGUCGAGUUUGAUUUGCAGAUGGACGACAACCUUGAUGACGACGAGGCGUAUGAAGAGUACGAUAUCAUCUCCACGGCAAAAUUAGACCAGCUAACAAAAGAAUUUGAUACUCAAAACACUUUCACAAAGACCCAAUUUCUUAUAGAAUCUAAUGGGUUGGAAAUCUUGCCAGAUCAAAGAGGAAUAACAACUCAUUCGAUCCUUAAUCAACACCUCAACAACCUCAACACAUUGUUGCAUACAAAUAUCCUACGGCAAAACUGGAAAAUCUCCUAUCGACUAUUCUGCAUCAUUAUUAGAUUCCCAAUGGUGGAUAUUCGACAGGUUUGGCCAUUAGGAAUAGAAAUAUUGACUCAUCUCGAUACAAAGCACAAAUCGACGCCGGCGAAGAUCAAAAUAACCAAAUUCUUCAACUAUUUGAACUCGUUUUACACCGUGAGCUACAGAAAUACAAUCUCCAUUGAAAGAAGUGAUAGAUCCUCUAUAGCGCCGGCAUGGAGAACGGGUACGCGGUCACUUACUCCCAUGUAUCUAAUCAAUUCACUUUGGCACUUGUUUGUACAACAAGAAUAUGAGCAAAUUUUGAAUAAGAUCUUGGAAUUGAUUUUGGAACCGCCAUAUCAUAAAGAAGGAGUGUUGUAUUUUAUUGUGGCAUUAUGUUACUUGUGUCAAUGCUGUGACGCAGUUAAUCAUUUUGCCUUGCAACACGAUUUGGACAAGUUCAAUGAAACUGGAGCAACUUAUAGGUCAAUGAAAGAAUGUCUAAACUACCUCAACUCAAACUGGUCAAAAAUUGAGGCGAAUGUGAAAAAGUGUAAAGAGUUUGAGUUUGAAUUACCAGUGCUUGAGUUGAAAUCGCAGUGGCAGAUGAUUGUUGAGAAGUUGUAUGAGACCGAGAAGCUGGUUGGAAACCGUAAGUUCGAAACAGCUGUGGACGCCAUCGUGGACAUCAUUCCUGAGGGAGAUGACGAUGACGGUGACGUUGGCGCUGGCGAUGACUGGGGUGAUAUCGAGUCUGAUAAGGAGGAUAUGGUACCGCAAUUGGACACUUCUUUUCAAAAUAAAGUCAACGGUGUUCACAAAGGUGAACACAUCCCUCACUAUGAGGAUAAUGGUGACAAUAACAUGGACGAUGAUUGGUCUCAGAUUCAGUCUGAUUUUGAAGAGGAUGAGCAAGAGGAUGAAAAUUCAGGAAAGCAGCUUGCGAACACUACCGUCGAAGAGAAAACAGGCGCUUUGGUUGAUUACAACAAUGAAUGGGACGAGAUUAGUUCAGACUCGGAAGAGGAGAAAGAAUCAAGCGGCGAGUUAGAAGACACGCGUGAAAUUGAAAUGAAACCGUUGUACAAUGAAACGCCAACACAACAUGAUAGUGUUCUUCUCAAUAGCAAUGACACAUUGCUCAUCAAUCAUGAGCAUGACAGUGAAGAUAUCAACAACGGCAUGGAUUUGGGCUUGGAUGGUGACCGGGCACUGAUUGAGUCGGACCCUGACGAAAUGGAAAACGAGCGAGCUGUGCACAAAGAGACUUCCUUAAAGGGAGAAAACUCCAAUGGCUUAGAUUCGGCAAUCGCGUAUGAUAAUAUGGUGGCGAAUCUGAUGAAGCAGGUGAAUGAUUCUUAUUCGACUUCUCAAAGAGAAGAUAACCAUGCUACCUAUGACUUAAAGUGGCCCCAAGGUAAUGACACCGAUAUUGAUCCAAGUCAAGUUGAAGUUAGUCUUGACAAUAAGCUUGUUGAUUGCACAUUCGAUGGAGAUGAUACUGUUGCGGACGAAGCACCCUUGACUGGGUUUAAAAACACAGCUGAUACGCAGCAAGGUAAAUAUGACUUGGAGUGGCCCAAGCUUGAUGAAUACAUGUCAGUUCAUUCGAGUCCCAACCUCUCCGAAACCAAUGGUGAAGGUUCCAGUGAUGAGUUGUCAACGGCUCUGGUUGGUGAGAAGACACGAAAUGAGGAUGAUUGGGAUUUAGAGUGGUCCCUAAUUGACGAUGAUGUCAUACUACCGGAUACAGAUCAAACAACAACAAUACCAACAGCCAAUGGUGAGAAAGUUGAACUGUCAAACGAUUCAGGCGCCGGGCCCGCACACCCCUUUGAGCUGAAACCAACACAUGAUACCAGCGUUGUGCAUCCCGUUGCCCAUGCUAGCGACAGUACAGCUCUAACCAUGGACAAUGCUGACGAAAGUAUCGAGGAUUCGAUCUUAAGCAGCUUCGAUUUUAGGAGAAAUAGUCUUGAAUUACACCAGAGCCGUCUCAAGCUGGAAAAAAAAUCAAUAUUGACGAAGGAAUUGAAGCUAAAGAAAAGCAAGAACAAGAGCAAAAGCAAAAGCAAAAUCGAUGGUCUGGGUAUCAGGAUUAGCAAAGAACCGCAUAGCAAGGAAAAGAAGCGAAAGACGGAUAAGAAACGGCAAAAAAGGUAA